AUGUGCAUUUGGCAAAGAACAAAGCUUUUUCUUGAGGUAUUUUUUUGUUCCAUCCAGAAAAGGACUCUAAGAAAAGGGCUUGAGGACGAGAUGGCAGAAGCAUCGAUAGACUCAAAUGAGGAUGUGUCUGAGGAAAAUGAGGACCUGGGCAUUCUUGAACAAGUUGAUGGAGGUACUUUCCAACAAAUUAUGAACCUCCUGAACAUCAUGGAAAGCGAGUCAGCAAAGUCAGAUGGUGCGUGGAUAGGCCUUGACAUGCGGAAGACCAUGGCCUCAGUGAUCAUCACGGAGAAAGCCAACAGUGAACCCUCCAUGGUGAUAAAUGCACUCAUCCACUCUCUGCAGAUGCCUGAGGUUUCCACCCAGCGCAAGGUCAACAUUUACAACAUCCUCCAGGAAAUCAUCCAGCAGGAAGGAGAGCUGGAGGAGCAGUGUGUCCAGAGGCUGGUGGCCAUUGCCUCCAACGAGAUGAGGGAGGCCCCAGAGGUAGAAGGCUACAUGAAUGCAGAGGUGGCCAGUGAUACCCUGGUGGCUCUGUCCCGAAACCACUUCAGCUUGGUCAUGUAUGAGCUGCAACACCACCUCAAGCCCCUCAACCUCACUGAUGAGUUUGUCAUCGUCACCUUGGCCAAGCUGGCCAAUGGCAAUGUGUUCGAGUUCAUGCCGUACAUGGGCAUCACCCUGGCUACCAUUUUCACGAUGCUGAGACUCGCCAAUGAGGCCAAGAUACGCCAGGUGAUCUGUGGGGCCAUGGAGACCUUCUGUGAGACAGUGCAGUUCUACCUGAAACACUUGGAGGACAGUGUGUACCCUGUGAUGACGGAGGAGCAGUUUGCCACCAAGCUGUUUCCCAUGUACCGCUACUUUGUGACUGUGUGGUUGAGGAGUGACAACUCUGAGGUCAAGCUGGGGGUCAUCAAGUCCCUGAGGCCCAUGCUGAACCUCCUGCUGCCCAGCGAUGAGCUUCGGGAGCAAGUCUAUGACUACAUCCCUCUGCUGCUGGCUGAGUAUCAGGGCAGCUUGGAGGCCCUUUUCAUCACCCAGGUCCUGAGGCAGAUCCUGGAGGUGUCCGUCACCACCAACACCCCUGUCCCCCCAAUGCAGUUGCACACCAUCUUCACGGAGCUGCAUGUCCAGGUGUGCAACAAGGCGCCUGCCCAACAGCAGUACAGCAGCCAGAACCUGGCGGAGAUCGUGCACUGCUUCAUAGCCCUGGCCCGUUCCUACCCUAAGGAGCUGAUGAAGUUUUUCCUCAACCAAAUGGAGAUGAGCAAGGAGGACAUUCGCGUGGGGACCCUGACCCUGAUCAGGGCUGUGGUGAGCGCUGAUGAGCCCAAAAUGAAUAUGAGGACCAUCUACCUGGCCAUCAGGGUAGUCAAGAACAACCUCUCCGAUACCAGGUCUAAGGUGAGGAUGGCCAUUCUCCGUAUCAUUGGCCAGUUGGCACUUUCUGGCUACCAGGACAGAAUCAAAGGCUGGGGCCUGAAGUAUGUGUCAGUGCAGCUGACCUUGUCCACCUACAAACUGACAAAUCGCCGGGAGACCUUUUAUCAGAGGGACUUGGAGGAGAAGAUGGUCCACAAAGUCACCAUGGACACUGUGAGAAUUAUCACCUCCUCCGUCAGCGGGAUGGCCAAUGAGUUUUGGGUGAGGCUCCUGUGCUAUGUCAUGGAGACAGACUACACAGAGGCCCUGACCUCCAUCUGCAUCAGCCUGACCAACCUGGCAGAACAUCAGCUCCAUGGCAAGGACGUAGGGACCAACAUGGCCAGCCACAGCAGGCAUGUGGACCUGCCUGCACCACAGAAGCUGCUGGCUCGGCUGCUGGUGCUGAUGUCAUCCCCUUACAAGGGCGAAGGACGUGGGAUUGCCAUGCUCAACCUCCUGCGGACCCUGAGCAAGAGCAUUGCACCUGCCAUGGCUGACAUGUGGGAGCUGGAGAUCCCACUGCUGGUCCAGUACCUAGAAGAACACACUGAGUUCACUUGGAAUCAGAAAACCUGGGAAGACAAGCUAAUUCAGUUUCUGAGAAACUCCCUCAAGAAGACCCGGGGGUCCAGCUGGAGCCUGCGCCUGAGCAAGGAACUGAACAACCAGAUCGAGUGCUUCGACAGCCCGUCCCUGGAGAAGGCCUUUCUGUACCGGGCUUUGGGCUUCACCCUGGCCACGGGCCUGGAGGCCGACAAGGUGGAGGUGUUGCUGUUGGAGCUGCUGUAUAAGACGGACUAUAGCAACGACUUUGACCAGGAGGGCAUCAUCCUGUGCUUUGGCCUGUGUGCCCGGGGCCAGGUGAAGACAGUGCUGACAGUGCUCCAUGACUUUGAGGAGAGGAUCCAGGAGUCAGAGCAGUCCUGGCAGAUUGGUGCCUGGCGGAAGGACCAGCCCUGGAGGCGAGAAACGGUGAAGAGCACCCUCAUGGUCAUGUACAGCUGUGUGGCCACCUACUGCCACCCACAGAUGCUCCUGACUCAUGUGGACAGCCUCAUCACUGCCAAGAUAAUCCACCACUACUCCAGCAGCUGCCAGGACAUCCCCCUCAAACUGGCCUUCAUGAAGAGUAUCAUACAGGUCACCAAGGCCAUCCAAAACAUUGAGUACCUUGAGGACUUCCAAUUUUCCCACAAAGCCACUGUCACCAGCAUGAUAAUGGUGAGCGAGCUGGGAGCGAGCUGGGUGCAGGGGCUCAGCUGCCCCUGGUCACUCCUCAUCACGGCCUCUCUCCCCAGCAAGCUGAAGCCUUUCUACUCCAUGGAGGAAAACAGUGAGCUGAUGGACAUCAGCAUACAUUCUGUCAUUUCCCUUCAGGCCCCAGGAGAGGACAGUGAGUUCGUCAAGAUCUUGUACUCAAACGCCCUGAGUGCCCUGGCGCAUCUGAUGGAGCNNNAUCUUCAAAGACCCUUAAUUCCCACCGGGAUCCAGGAUUCACCACAGCUCCUGGAAAAGUGGAUCUUGUCAGAAAAAGAAUGGGAGCGGGAGAAAGCCAUGCACCUCCAUCUUCGCCUUAUGCAGCUCUAUGUCCAGAGUGUGGGCGUCUGUAUCCCCCUGAAGCUGGGGCAGUUUGGCACCUUGGUAGGACUCAUUGCCCCAUGCACCUGUGACCUGCACCGAAGAACCCGCGUGGCCUCCAUGGACGUCCUGUCCAGGCUGCUGGACCUUCACGCCAGCCAGACCUGCUCCUUGUGGGGCACUUCCAAGGAGAUGGAACUAGUGAAAUGUAAGGAGGAGCUCAGGAGCUCGGACAAGGAGAACAGUCUUUGUGUGUCUUCCAGAAUCGCCAAGGUGGUGUGCAUGGAGUUUAACUGCGAUGAGGUGGUCUCGCUCAUCCAGAAGCUCUGUGAGAACCUUGGGGCCAUGGAUCUCCAGCACGACAAGGCCUCCGUCACCUGGAUAGGCACCUUCCUUCAGAUGCGAGUCAAGGAGCUGGAGGACAAGGUGGCAGAGAUCCUGGGCUCCAUCUUGACCCACCUGCCAGUGGUGGACCACCUGGAGGUACGGCAUCUCCUCAUUGAAGGCAUCCUGCUGCUGGCGCACUACCACCAGGAGACAGUCCUCACGUCCCUCCUGCGACAGCCCUUGCCCAUGCAGAGCCACCUGACUGAGGUGUGGCUGGCCGUGGCAGAGAAUGUGCCCUUCGCACGGACGAUGCUCCACGGCCUGAUGGGCCGGCUCCAGGCGCGGUUCAGCCCUCGGGCAAACGCCACCUCCAAGGCUGACAUGUGGCGGCUGGCUGCCGUGGACCCCCUGAUGACCCUCCACACCAUCCGCCUCCUGGUGGAGAAGGUGGACCAGGAUGAGGAGCUCCCGGACCUCCUCCCGGACCUCGUCUACACCCUCCUUCUGCAGCUUGGCAGCAGCCACGAGCCCGAGGCUGCGUCCCCAGUCCUGAAGACAUGGAGACUGGUGCACACAAGGGCCCUGCCUGAGGACAUGAACCUGCAAAGGAUCACCAUCAAAUCCAUGCAGCUUUUGUUCAAGAGAGUCAACAGCCGGCACCUGGUGCAUGGCCUGGAGGAACAGGGUGUGUGGAGCCUGCUGGAGAACAGCAAGACGUUCCUGGAAGGCGUGGGCCUGCUCGCCAGGUUGUGUCUGCAGAACAUGGAAGGCUCCAGGCAGCGGCUGUCGGAGCUGGUGCUCAGGGGCAUGGACACGGCCGUCCUGAGCUGCCGUAUCAGCAGCACGGCGGUGUGUGUGGAAUUCAUGAGCGACCCGAUUCUGUACCAGGAGAAGCUGCUGAAGCCUGCAGUGUCCAUGCUGGAAAGAGGUGUGGAUCAGGAGGACGAGGCUCUGCGGGUACUGUCCCUGCGUGCCCUUGGCAACAUUGCCCUCGGCGCCCCCAAGAAGGUGAAGAAGUACCGGAAACUCCUGCUGGAGAAGUUCCUGUGUUCCCUGCGGGCACCCGCCAGCCCCAGCGUGGCCUCCGAGGCCAUGGCCGCCCUGACCAAAGUCCUGGCAGAGCUCCGGGAAGGGGACGUGGGGCCAUCCUUGGCCGCCAUCUCUGAGCAGUGCAGGGCCUUCUUCGACAACGAGAGCGAGCUGCUGCGAUUUAAAGCCUUCACGCUCUUCCGGAGGCUGGCCACGGUGGUCGGCAUAUCCAAGAAGCACCUCUUCAAGCUGGAGGUGAAGAAGGCCUGGGUGCCCCUGCUGCUGCACUGCCAGGACCCCUGCUCCUGGGCAGCCACAGCCUGCAUGGAGACCGUGUUCCAGUGCUUGCAUUUCUGGGGCUACAAGGGCCUGAAGAGCCCCCCUGGGCAGAGUGCCCCCAGCACGGACGAGAUGACAGUGUUCCAGACCACCAUGUGCUCCAUCCUGACUCAGACAAAGCCAGCUGUGCUCUACAGCUUCUUGCUAGAAACAGUCACCUACGUGAAAAGUAACUUGUCAAGGAUCAGAAUCGCGGCCUGCAACUUGGCAGGAAUUAUUAUGAAGCAGAUGUCCGCCAGCUACCUGAAAAAGCUGGACUUCCCAGCAUUACAAAACUCGUUCCAGGAGCUCCAGCUGGACAUGGACCCCGGGGUGCGGAAAGCAGCCCUGGAGACUCUCAAGAUCUUGGACAACUGCAGUCAGCACGGGCUCCUGGCUGCACCUGAGAGUGUUUCCUAG